AGGAUCCGUGUAAUUUCUAAACUUCAAACACGCGUUUCUCGAAAUAGCCAAUACUGCAUUUGUGCGCCUUGUCCUCCGAGCCCCUCAAAUUAGAGUAAAGUGCGGUUUCAUGUCAAGAGAACUUUGACCCCUUUGAAUGACGGCAGUGCCGGUGUUAGCCACUAGCCAUUCCUCUCAUCUCCAAAGGCUGCGAAGAGGGGUCUUUGCUCUUUAACCCCGCAAUAUCUGUACACGACAUUAGACAAUGGCAUGACUCUUCACAUCGCCUUCCUCAGCGCUCACACAGAUAUCACCGAGGUGUCUUGAAGAAGCGCCCCAAGAGGAAGGCCCAUACGCUUUUCUGACUUCGUUGUGUUCGUUUCGUGUUCAGCUCCUGUGUCUCGUGAUUUCGUGUUCAAAAUGGUUCAAAUUUGCUUGCUGGGUCUCGUUGAACGUGCUAGUGCUGAAUUUCAACCGGAGCGCAUCGCAAAAUAUUUCGAUCGGCCUGAAUUGACUAUUUUCUACGAGCGGGUCGGGGCCCAGGUGAAGGCUCGCCAAAAUUUUCAACUACAGCUUGGAAUACAACUCCGGGCAUUUAAGGGCCAUUUGCGGGGUUUUGAGGACUUGAGAUGGGAUCGCGACUACAAUCAAUUCCGAAUGGAAAUUUCUACUCCGUGUGGACUUAAACAACGGAUUAUUCUGGUUGAAACCCGAGCCGGAGUAUCACCUCUGAACGAGAAGCUCCAUCAACAAUUCUUCAACUCGACCGCUGGUGACUGGGAUGACUGGGUCAACAAGUUCAACGAAAUGGAAGCUGAGAUCAGGAUUUUCAAAGAGGCUCAUCGAGCAGCCUAUAAAAAUCAAUUGGGAUUACUAGGUCAAUAAAAUCCAGACUUCAUUUGAUUUUCGGAUAUAACACUCUUUACUCACAGACACUACCUGCUACUGUAGUUUGUAAAUAAUUUUAAGUUACCUUGAUCUUGAAAUUUUGAGAAAUUUGAUACUUGGCUAAUCGAUUGCUUGAUAUUCAGUCUAUCUACAUGAAGUAUUUCUUUAUUUGACACAUUUAUUUUCUAGUCAGAUUUUAGAUUUUUAGGGCAUGUUGAGAAAUUCUGUUGAAAAAUUAUCUGAGCUUGACCUUUAGGUAGUUUUCUAUCCCCUUUCAACUUGCCUAUAAAGGUACUCAAUUUUGAACAUCAACGCCUCAUUGACACUGAAUUAUUCAUCCCUCUUUCGGAUAUACUUUGAAAUUCAGCUGAUGCAGCUUCUUGGCGAUUGUAUGCUUCAGAAGAGACUCAGACUUACUUCAGUGAUACGAUGAACUUGCUUCCUAUUCAGAUAGUGCACAUUGAGAGAGAAUACAUUGCAAUGAUAAAAACUUGUACUGCUGAGUUAUGCUAGUUUUUGAAAAGAAUUUCUACUGCAUUUAUAAGUUAGUAAAGAUUAAUAUUAAAAGUGAUAUAGUUUGCAAAAAAUUAAAGGAGAUGCUUAAUACAAUGGCGCCACAAAAGCAGUUCUUCAUUUUCUUUGCCUUAAAAAAGUUGCAAACAUGUUCAGGAAGUAUGUACCAAAGUGAAUUGAUCAUUUCUAACUUCCCUUCGACAAAACUUUGAGGACAGCACCUUUACUUUACUAUUUGCCACAAUAAGAGGGCAAUACUGUGAAUUUGUUUUACUGAAAAGGCACUGUAGAUCAAUUGUUAAAUUUUUUGUAUAAUUAAUAAACAAAAACAAAAUAAAUCAA